AUGCCACCUGCCAGUCUGACCAUAAUUAACAUGGACCACAGCAUGGCCGUAGGUUUGACCUCUCCAAAGUUGACCACUGGUCAUUUUGAUGGCGACAAGAAUGGUUUCCUUGCCCAGACAUUGUGUAAUAAGUUUGACCACUUUGCGGAGUCUCUGCUACCCAGCCUCAUCAACCUCAUCCCCAACAGUGUGAAGAUCAUGGCCACCUCUGGCAUCACUGCCAUCAAAUUCAUCAUUCAGUAUACUCAUGCCAACCGACUCAUCCCUAUCAUCACUGCCAACAUGACAUCUAAGUCCAGCACCAUUAGGAGGUAUUGUUGUGAAUUCCUGGAACAAAUGCUACGAACCUGGCCAACACACACAUUAGAAAAACACAUUGCAAUAUUACAAGACGCCAUCAAGAGAGGGAUAGGGGAUGCCGAUGCUGAUGCCAGGGUCUAUUCUAGAAAGGCAUUUUGGGGCUUUUCGGACCACUUCAGUGAACAGGCCAAUGCCCUGUUGAACACUCUAGACCCUAGUAAACAGAAAUUGCUGCAAGGUGAACUAAGCAACUCUUCCAGCAGUAAUUCUCUGAACAGUGGUGGAGUCAGCAAGGUCGGGAGGCCCAGAACAACAGAUGGUAGUUAUUACAGCUCAGGUUGUCAGACUUUACCGUUACCAAAGCGUAAAGCUAGGUCGCGGUCUCCGAGUGCCGGGAGAUACGGGACAGUGGGGCGCUCGCCAAGUGCGGGCCGCACCCCUGGUGCCGUUGGUGGUGCCAAACGAUCAGUCACUCCAAGCGUCACAAGUCCACGCAGCGACACAACAGAUGGCACCCUGGGUGCAGAUAGCGGUGGAGGGAUAGUGCGCUCCAGUAGCGCAGUUGACCUUGCUGGCAGCUCGGGAAAACCCCGCAGCUCUAUCGCCAGACUGACUACUACCAGUAACCCUAGCUCACUGCGUGAGUAUAGCCAUGCAGAAUAUUGUAUGCGGGUCAAAUAUACCCUUAAAAUAGUUCUACUGCAGUAUAAAGUGAUCAUCAUCUUAGCAGAGGAGGAAAUGCACGCAGGAGUAGGGGGAAGAACAAAAAUGAUUCGCACAAGAGGUAUUAAAACUUUCUACGUUCGGGAAAGACGCCAGUUGCUGCGGAGAUGUUGCCGGACAGGCUGCACGCUGCAGUCCCGCCUUUUUGUGCUAAUAGUGGUAGCAGCGGUUUGCUACAUUGGUGUAUAUAUGUCACUGCAGAGACCUGGGGGACAAAAGAGGAAGGUUGUAAACAGACAUGUGACGUCAUACCACAGACACGUGGACACAAUGGCGUGGGCCAAGCCCAAUGUGACGACAGAAAUGUAUGUGCUGUCUGCAUAUUAUGACGACAGACCAACACUCGACCCCAGGGCAAGACCAGUUGUUCGUAUAAUUACCAUAGCAGACAAGGAACAAAUAGAAGGCAGAGGACAAAAGAAAAUGAUGUGUGUGAUUUGGGUUGGCAACUCCAAAUGGACGCCUAUCAGAAUGACCUACUCUCCCACAGGGUCGGGAGGAUGGUACUUUCGGGAGUAUAUUUUCGUCUGCGACCUUGGAAAAUUAUCCUCGGCGAUUAAACCGCGUUUUCUAUCUAUAAUUGACGAAUCUCCUGACAAUGUGUACCCUAAUGUAAAGAGUUUGUACAAGAUACCAAUCAAAUACCCGCACAGACCUAAGAAGCAGCUAGAGUUUGGUGCUUGUAUUGGAUUAACGUAUGGUACCAUUGAUCCCCUUCGCCUGGUGGAAUGGGUAGAACUCAACAGAAUCUGGGGGGUGGAGGAGAUCAAUAUUUACGGCAGCAUUGUGAAUGAAACUUCACAAAAAGUCUUCAUGCAUUAUCACAACCAGAAUGUUUUGAUAUAUAACAAUGUUUUCCGGAUUUUUAAUGAAACCGAGGAGUUUAUGUUGCAGUUAAUGUCGGCGCCAACUCUGAAUGACUGCAUGUACAAAAACAUGUACCGCUAUAAACACAUUGUGGUGAUUGAUCUAGAUGAGGUGAUUGUUCCACGGGGAAAUCUUACCAGUUAUAUCCAGCUAUUAGAUGCAAUUGACACUGCCAUUAAGAGGAAACACCGACAUCGAACGUAUCACUUUAGUAACGUGUACUUUUUUUCCGAGCUUCCGCAGGACAAUUCAAUGCCGAGUCAUCUCACGACGCUGCGUCAGGUAGGACGCCUGAGGCUUCCCUCUCUGCAGGGGGUGUCCACAAAAACCAUCAUAGACCCUUUAACCUGUACUAAUUUACACAAUCACUAUUGUUGGAAACUGACAGAACUAGGCGAUGCGGAAACGGAGUCCCUCCACGUACCGAAAGAUUUUGCACUCAACCAACAUUACAAAAAAUGUCAUUUUGAUAAAGUUUUGACUGUUUACCGUUCUCUGAAGCCGUGUAAAGAGGCACUGAGGGAUUACGCUAUAGAUACAAGUGUUCACAGGUUUAAGGACGUGCUGAUAUCUCGCGUGCAGAAGGAGCUAAAUACACUGGGAAUACGAACGCUUUAA